AUGAGGGGAAACCAGCAACCCACACUGGUCUCGCUUUUACUGUUUCUGCUUCUUCCCAGAGAUGCCACAGCUACUGCAAAACCACAAUAUGUGGUGCUGGUCCCAUCACAGCUCUAUGCAGGAGUUUCUGAAAAGGCCUGUGUCAACCUCCACCACCUGAAUGAGACUGUGACACUCGACAUACUUCUAGAGCAUGAAACCCAGAUCACAAGCCUCCUCACAGGCCAGGCGGUGAAGGAGGAUUCCUUCUAUUGCAGCCCUUUCAUGAUCUCAGGUUUGCCAUCAUCCUCAGCAUUCAUUACAGUGCAGAUACAGGGGCCAACCCAGCACUUCACAAAGAGGAAGCUGAUGCAGAUAACAAAAGCAGACAGCCUAGUCUUUGUCCAGACAGACAAACCCAUAUACAAACCAGGACAAACAGUGAAAUUCCGUGUUGUCUCUGUGGACAUCAGUUUUGGCCCAUUGAAUGAAACGUUCCCUGUCAUUUAUAUUGAGAAUCCCAAGAGGAACCGAAUUUUUCAGUGGCAAAAUAUGGAUCUACCAGUAGGACUCCUCCAGCUCUCUUUCCCACUGUCAGAUGAGCCAGCUCUAGGUAGCUACAAGGUUGUAGUGCAGAAGGACUCAGGGAAGAAAAUAGAGCACUCCUUCGAAGUGGACGAAUACGUUUUACCCAAAUUUGAGGUGCAAGUAAAAAUGCCCAAGACUAUUGCUUUCCUGGAAGAGGAAUUUGUUGUAUCUGCCUGUGGCUUAUACACAUAUGGAAAGCCUGUUCCUGGUCUGGUGACAAUUAGAGUGUGCAGAAUGUAUUCACGAUACCGCUCCAACUGCCAUGGCCAAAGUUCACAAAGUAUCUGUGAAGAGUUCAGCAAACAAGCAGAUGAUAAAGGAUGUUUCAGACAAGUUAUAAAAACCAAAGUAUUUCAGCCAAGACAGAAGGGCUAUGACAUGAAAAUAGAAGUGGAAGCCAAAGUCAAAGAGGAGGGAACAGGAAUGGAACUAUCUGGUUAUGGAUCUUGUGAAAUAACAAAUACCUUAAGCAAACUGACAUUUACUAAAGCAGAUACACAUUACAGGCCCGGGCUACCUUUCUUUGGGCAGGUUCUUCUUGUUGAUGAGAAGGAUCAGCCAAUGCCCAACAAAAACAUAUCUGUCCGAGUGGAUCUAGCUAGGUACCAGUCCACUUUUACAACUGAUGAGCAUGGCUUGGUCAACAUUGUCAUUGACACUUCCAACUUCACAUCUUCAUUCAUGGGUUUCAUGGCCGUCUACAAGGAAAACAGUAUCUGCUAUGAUAACUGGUGGCUUGAUGAAUUUCACACACAAGCACAUCAUUCUGCAAACCGGAUCUUUUCCCCAAGCAAGAGUUAUGUUCAUCUUGAACCUGUUUUUGGUGCUUUGGCCUGUGGGCAAACUCAGGAAAUUCGGACAUACUACAUCUUGAACAGAGAUAUCCUGGGGGAUGAAAAAGACUUAACCUUUUACUAUCUGAUCAAAGCAAGAGGAAGCAUCUUCAGCUCAGGAAGCCAUGUGCUUUCACUUGAACAAGGAGACAAAGGGGCGUUUUCCUUCCCAAUUCAAGUGGAGCCAGGCAUGGCUCCCAUGGCUCAGCUGCUCAUUUAUGCAAUUUUACCUGAUGGGGAAAUUGUCGUCGAUACUCAGAAACUCCAAAUUGAAAACUGCUUCGCCAAUAAGGUAAAUCUGAGUUUCUCACCAGCGCAAAGCCUCCCAGCCUCUGAUGCCCACCUGAAGGUCACAGCCACGCCCUUGUCCCUCUGUGCCCUUCGUGCAGUAGACCAGAGCGUGCUGCUACUGAAGCCGGAAGCCGAGCUCUCACCUCAGACAAUCUAUAAUUUGCUGCCAGGGAAGUCUCCCCAGGGUGUUCAGUACGGUGGCCCAAUGUACGGACACAGCGAAAACUGCAUCAAAGCAGAAGAAAUCACUCACAAUGGGAUUGUGUACAUACCGAAGCAGGACCUGAGCGACGAUGAUGCCAACAGUGUUUUUGAGUCUGUAGGAUUAAAUAUUUUUACCAACUCCAAAAUCUACAAACCACACUUUUGCAAUCUGCCUCAAGCCUAUCCAGGAAUGCCUGUAGCCUAUGGAGGUAAAGCACCUCAAGCCUUACCUAUGGCAUCAGUAGCAGGAGCAGGCUUCAGAACAAUGAGCUACUCAGAACCAGUCAGCAUGAGAGAAGAUUUUCAAGAGGUGCAAGUCAGAGAGACAGUGCGGAAGUUUUUCCCAGAAACCUGGAUCUGGGACAUGGUGCCACUGGACGUAUCCGGCGGCAGUGAGCUGGCAGUGAAGGUCCCCGACACCAUCACUGAGUGGAAGGCCAGCGCAUUCUGCUUGUCUGGAGCUACUGGCCUUGGUCUCUCCCCCACCAUCUCUCUUCAAGUCUUCCAGCCCUUCUUCCUGGAACUCACCCUCCCCUACUCUGUGGUGCGGGGAGAAGCCUUCACCCUCAAAGCCACAGUGUUCAAUUACAUGUCUCACUGCAUUCGGAUCCGUGUGAACCUGGAGAUCUCUCCUGACUUCCUGGCAGUCCCAGUAGGGGACCAUGAAAACUCCCACUGCAUCUGUGGAAAUGGAAGGAAAACUGUGUCCUGGGCUGUGACCCCAAAGUCACUGGGGGAGGUGAACUUCACAGCUACUGCAGAAGCUCUGCAGUCUCCAGAACUGUGUGGCAACAAGGUGGCAGAAGUACCAGACCUUAUACAGAAGGACACUGUGGUCAAACCCUUAAUAGUCGAGCCUGAAGGAAUUGAGAAGGAGCAAACAUUCAACACACUGCUAUGUGCAUCAGAUGCUGAAUUAGUUAACCAGUGGUCACUGGACCUCCCACCCAAUGUGGUUGAAGGAUCUGCCAGGGCUACACACUCUGUUUUGGGCGAUAUACUAGGCUCUGCAAUGCAAAACCUCCAAAAUCUUCUCCAGAUGCCCUACGGCUGUGGAGAACAAAAUAUGGUCCUUUUUGUCCCCAACAUCUAUGUUCUAAACUAUCUGAAUGAGACACAACAGUUGACGGAGACCAUCAAGUCCAAAGCCAUUAGCUACCUCAUCAGUGGGUAUCAGAGGCAGCUGAACUAUCAGCACAGUGAUGGCUCAUACAGCACAUUUGGAGGUCAUGAUAGGAACAGCCAGGGAAAUACUUGGCUCACUGCAUUCGUGCUCAAGGCCUUUGCUCAAGCUCAGUCACACAUCUUUAUAGAGAAGACACACAUCACGAAAGCUCUCAACUGGCUCUCAGGGAAACAAAAAGAAACCGGUUGUUUUGAAAAGUCCGGAUCCCUGCUCAACAACGCUAUGAAGGGUGGCGUGGAUGACGAGGUGACACUCUCUGCCUACAUCACCAUUGCUCUGCUGGAGGUCCCACUGGCUGUCAGUCACAGCAUUGUCCGCAAUGCUCUAUUUUGCCUGGAAACAGCCUGGGCCUCCAUCUCAGAGAGCCAAGGAAGUCAUAUCUAUACCAAGGCAUUGUUGGCCUAUGCCUUCGCACUGGCAGGAAACCAAGCCAAGCGAAAAGAGCUGCUUGAAUCACUAAACAGAGAGGCUGUGAAAGAAGAGGAUUCAAUCCACUGGCAACGUCCUGGCGAUGUUCAGGAAGUGAAGACACCCUAUUAUCAGCCGCGGGCCCCUUCUGCUGAAGUGGAAAUGACAGCUUACGUGCUUCUUGCCUAUCUUACGGCUUUGCCUUCCCCAUCUUCAGAGGACCUGUCUUCAGCAUCCCAAAUUGUGAAAUGGAUCAUCAGGCAACAAAACUCCCAUGGGGGUUUCUCCUCCACUCAGGAUACAGUGGUGGCUCUCCAAGCCCUCUCCAAAUAUGGAGCAGCGACUUUCACCAAAAGUAAGAAAGAAGCCUUGGUCACCAUCAAGUCUUCAGGGAUCUUCUCUCAGGAGUUCCAUGUUCACAAUACCAACCGUCUGCUGCUGCAGGAAGUCAGGCUGCCAGAUCUUCCUGGAAAUUAUGCCACCACAGUGUCCGGGUCAGGAUGUGUGUACCUCCAGACAUCUCUAAAAUACAACGUCCUUCCAAAGGCAGACGGGAAAGCACCCUUCACACUUCAUGUUGAUACUCUCCCGCUAAAUGUUAAUUAUCACAGAACAUUCCAGAUUCACAUCAACGUAAGUUAUACUGGAGAACGACCCAGCUCCAACAUGGUCAUUGUUGAUGUGAAGAUGAUAUCAGGCUUCAUACCUGUGAAGCCAUCCGUGAAAAAGCUCCAAACCCAGCCUAACAUUCAGAGGACUGAAGUGAACACCAACCAUGUUCUAGUCUAUAUUGAAAAGCUAACCAACCAAACCCUGAGUUUCUCCUUCUUGGUGGAACAAGACAUCCCAGUAAAGAACUUACAACCAGUGCCAAUAAAAGUCUACGAUUAUUACGAGACAGAUGAAUUCGCCAUUGAAGAAUACAGUGCCCCUUUCAGUGCUGGUACGGUGCAUCCACGGGGACAACUCUCCUCUGCCACUGACUUUUCACGUAAAGGGAUGAUGGAGUCACAGGUGCCUGUCAUCCAGGAUGCCACAAACACCCAGAGGCUGCUGCCCCUGUGGGUGCUGGCCCACUGCGGCCCACUGGAGGCCUGGCCAUCCGUGAGCCCUGAAGGCCUGAACCCGGAGACCGAGAAACCCCUGCUGUGGGCCUUGCCUGCCAUGCAUGCGGGCAGCCAGCAGAGGGAGCAAGAGCCAUUCUGUUUUCUCGUCCCUGGCUCCCGCCCCCUCCACCAAGAGGAAAUCAGCCGCAGGGGAGAGCUGCGGGAGAAUGCUGUCUUCUGCUCAGUCUCUUUGCUGGAAAUUCCAUUCAGAUCGGAAAAACUGGGCCCUGAAAAACAUACCACAGCCGAGUACCUCCUUCACUGA